UUUCUGCUGCUGUUUGUAGAUCUCUGAGGAAUGGUCUAAGGGAGUCUUUGUGGUGAAACAAAGUGAUGAGGAUAUCCACACUGCCAACGAACGCAGACUGAAGGAGCUGAUUGGUGAUAUUGCUGGAAAGCUGCACACUGGAAGAAGCAGGAAUGAUCAGGUUGUGACUGACUUGAAGCUGUUCAUGAAGAAUUCCCUCUCUGUCAUCUCCACUCAUCUGCUGCAGCUCAUUAAGACCCUGGUGGAACGCGCUGCCAUAGAAAUUGAUGUUAUCUUGCCUGGCUACACGCACCUGCAGAAAGCCCAGCCCAUCAGAUGGAGCCAGUUCUUGCUCAGCCAUGCUGUUGCUCUGACCCGUGACUCUGAGCGCCUGGGAGAGGUGAAGAGGAGGAUCAACGUCCUGCCCCUGGGAAGCGGUGCUCUGGCUGGCAACCCCCUGGACAUUGACAGAGAGAUGCUGCGUAGCGAGCUGGACUUUGCUUCCAUCAGCCUGAACAGCAUGGAUGCCAUUAGUGAGAGAGACUUUGUGGUGGAAUUCCUCUCUUUUGCCACCCUGCUCAUGAUCCACCUUAGCAAGAUGGCUGAAGAUCUCAUCAUCUACAGCACCAGUGAAUUUGGCUUUCUGACUCUCUCUGAUGCCUUCAGCACUGGCAGCAGCCUGAUGCCUCAGAAGAAGAACCCUGAUAGCCUGGAACUGAUCCGCAGCAAAGCUGGACGUGUCUUUGGACGGCUGGCUUCAAUUCUCAUGGUUCUCAAAGGACUCCCAAGCACCUACAACAAGGACCUGCAGGAGGACAAGGAGGCUGUCUUUGACGUUGUGGACACCCUGACUGCUGUGCUCCAGGUUGCCACUGGGGUGAUCUCUACCCUCCAGAUCAGCAAGGAGAACAUGGAGAAGGCUCUGACCCCUGAGAUGCUGUCUACUGACCUGGCUCUCUACUUGGUUCGCAAAGGAGUGCCAUUCAGACAAGCCCACACUGCUUCGGGGAAGGCCGUCCACCUUGCUGAGACCAAAGGCAUCACCAUCAAUAAACUGAGCCUGGAGGACCUGAAGAGCAUCAGGUUCGUAUUACUAUCACUUUGCCACAUCUCCCCUCAGACGGCAGCAG